CGACAUUCCAGUCAAUCAGAGCCGAUCAAGGUAUUUUCUCUUCUGGAGAGCAGGAACUCUGUCUCGACUACUCAUACCAACACUAACACUAAACUGUCCAUGGCAGGUAGUGACUCGAGUAGGAAGGAGUAGGCUACCUUACGAUGGGGCGGCCACAUGAUUGGAAAUGACUUGGAUUACACCAUUUUCUCCCUGGAUCUCGUUCUAAUCUCGCUUCUUCCGACCCCACCCGUCGGAUUCCCGAACUUGGCCAUUCUUACAUUCUCUCGGCAUGAUCUUGGCAGGCAAAAACGGAUGGGAAAAAAAAGAAGACGGGCCGAUCACCAUGGAGGUCCAGAUAAAGUCAAAAGAUAGACUACUGGGGUGCUUCUCCAUCCCUGUCCAUGUCGUUGGUUCUCAUUAUUAACAGAAUGCGACCGGGAAAUCUAAUCUAAUCAUUUCCCCAGACGGAGCACCGCUUAUUAUGUAAAAGGAACCCAGUGACAGGAACCGUCUUUUUGCCCCCCAAACUCCAAGCUCCCAGCAAUUUAUUAGGUAACAAAAAUGAGAUUUUGAUAUAUAUGAGUAGCGAGG